CGCGUGCUCGCGCUUACUCGACCGCGUACCUGCUACGCCGUCUCGAGACGACGUCCGCGACCAAACUAUACGAUAUCGAGACGAGAUAGCCCAGAGCGCAGAUAUUUUAUUAAUCGUUAAGCACAUAGCCGACGUAAGAUAAUGGAAUAAUAUCGGGCAACGACGAUAAUGCUGUUUGUCGCGCGAGCGUUAAUUAUUCGAGCCAUCCGCGAGUCUUCGAGGGUCGAUCGCUGCUCGAGUCGCCGGUCUCUCGUCGCGCGAAAAGUUUCGCCUCUCUAGAUCGGCUCGGUAUUUUCGCGAUUCUACCGAAAACGAGACGCGCAACGGUCGACGAACGAUGUUUGUUCGCGUUUAAGUCGACGACGGAGGGGGGCGACGAUUCGGUUGUUGUAAAUUAUUGCGGUAAUUGCGUUGUAAAAGGCGCGAUCGCGUGCAGCGGAGCAAAGACGAGGAGAGAAAAAGAGAGCGAGAGAAAGAGAGAGACGGUCGAGGAUCGCGUUAUCAAGGGAACGGGCGCGCUCGCGCGCGUGCGGAUCAGAUCGGAUCGUAAAGAGCUUUGGCCGUCGAGUUUCGUCGACUGUUUCGAGGGGGCAAGAGGCAAGGUCGCGCAACCGCUCGUUUCCGAAAGCCGCGAACAAAUCUGUCUCGAUUCGAGAAACGAAAUUCUCCGUUCGCGCUCGAGCGGCAACUUUCGCGGGAUGGAAAAUUACGCGAGACACGAUUCGAGGAAGAACGGCGAUUGCGUAACGAACGACGAAUACGCGUCAUCCCCUUGCGCGGACUCGUCGGCCGCCCUUUGGUCGACGCCCGCGCGGCUGCGCGCGCCUUCGAGCAGCCAUCGCGCCGAAAUAAAAAAUCUCGUUUCUCGGCGCGCGCGUGCGCGCCUUCGCACACACGCGCGAGUAUCGCGUUACCUGGGAUUUUCAUUUACGCCGAUAAGAAUUUCCUACUCGUCCGAUAAAGAAAAUGGCCUCGUCGCGUUCGCGAAUUUUUCCCAUGACACACAGCCCCCGUGGAACUCACCGUCUCCGAAUCCCGACGAAACGUUCGCGUAUCCGUCCUGACAUCCGAUCCAACUCGUUCCCGUCGAAUCCUCUCGACGAUAAAAUCGAGUGUCCCGAUCGCUUAGAGAAACGAAAGGGUGAACGGGCAAAUUCGAGGAAGAACUCGCGGGAAAUACGCGAAACGCGGAAGAAGCGACCACCGCGACGAGCAACGAGCGAACCACGAUCGUAACGACGCUGCCGCGAAUGCUCCGACUGGAGCGAGGCUAGAGACGCGGCCCUACGCGUUCCUGGCGGACCCGACGACUGAAAUUAUCAUUUUAGCUGAUAUACUAGCUAAUGUAAGGAUGCAGUUUUAUCUCUUAUUAUCAUGGGAAACGAGAUAAAUCGCGAUAGUGCCGUUUAUUUUGACAACGGCGUGCCUCACGCCACGGCUCGAUCGACCUCCCCAUCGGUGGUCGCGAAUUCGCUUUAAAGAUUCGCGCGAACACGCGUUUCGAUCGUUUUUCUUUUUUCCUUUCCUUUCUUUCCCUUUCCUUUCCGACCCUGUUCCGUCUUCGCGAGUUAACGACACCUCGUUACCCGUUAAUUCCGUUUCCGGCAGCGGAAUUUCGCUUUUCGCAUUUUCGCCGAGUCCCCGAGCCCCGAGUUGUUCUUCGUCGGCGGGGAAAAGGGAAUUUUUCUAUCGAUUCGUUCUCUCGAUCGAACCAACCGAACGACGUGGCACGAUUCGUUCGUUAUCGUCCGUUAUCGACGAUACUACGCGAAGUGGUUCGCGUUUCCUUCGUGUCACGAUAAACGACGAAUUUUUCGAUUCGAUUCGAGAUAGGCCGAACAUCGCGGCGUUCUCUACUCGUCGAAGGCGCCGCGAGCCGCGAAAAAAGAACGGCUGCGAGGCAAAGCGAAAAAUAAUUUCGAGUUCGCGAAACCGUUAUCGCUCGAAACGUCUUUGAUCCUAAUCUCGAUCGUCGCUUAAUCCGUCGCGAUCGAAACCCGUGACGCCGAGACUCGAUGUCACGUAGGCCUCGAAGGUCCCCCUCUGUCCGAGCGAACAAAGUUUCCGUUUCGGACGGAGCAACGGUUUCGAAUUCCUUGCUCGAGUUAGGCGACAGGGCGACGGUUCGUUUGCGAAGGUGAAUCAGAGCGGCAGCGAUGACGCGAGCAACGCGCAAGAUCUUUAUCUGCGAAGGAGAAUGACUGGAAGGUUCGCGAGAGCGGCGAAAAAUGGACGCGUCGUCUUCGAAAGGGAAGAGUUUUUUUUUUUCGGCCGCGCGAUAACCGACACCGGGUGCGAACGAUCGAUCGGUGCACCCUACCUUCCGUGGUGCGAUCCACGGAAUCCGUCGCAAAAUGGCGUUGGCAACGAUGGCCGACGAGAAAAGACGAGCAGCUCUCGAGCAACGCGUCGAGCGGGACGAAGCGGAGCGCGAGGAGAAGGACGCGAUGAAGGAGACGCUGGUGAAACAGGAGAUCAAGCGCGAAUGGGAGAACGAUCGAAUCGAGGAGGGCUCGCCUCGAAUGACGUCGACCGAGGAGCGAUCGACGUCGGAAAGCCCGCGUUCGGUCAUCACGAGCAGAAGGCACGUGCGCACCAUUACCACGGCCGGACAGAUCACCGAGACCGUGUCGGAAUCGGAGCCGAAUUCCCCGGACGCGAGUAAUCUGCCGCGGGCACGAUCGCACGGCUAUCAGGAAGAGCCGCAACGGGAUCACGGAUGCGAGCAACCGUCGCAACGUUUCGUGCAAAUUUCCCAGCAGGACGCGGACGUUCAGUCCCGUCAGCAGCAACAUCGUCCCAACGAGCAACGCGUCCUCUAUCUGACGCCAAACGGUCAAGAGGUACACGAGGUGUCGGAAACCGUGGAUCCGAACGCGACGCCGACGAACGAAACGACCAGGUACGAGGCCGUUGGCACGGACAGGAUGGACGUCGAUCGUGCGUACGGUUAUUCGACGGAGGAACAAUUACGACGAGAAGGUCACGGGAUCGUGGUUCAAGCGCAAGAGAGACGGGGUCAGUCGGGCGGGCAUCAAAGGUUCGGGCAACGAGAGGGCGGCCGAUCUGCUGCCGGCAACGAGGAGAACGAGGGCACGGAAGCGGGCAGAUCGUACCAGCAGAGUUCGCCGGUACUGAUCGCGACCAGCGAGGGCUACGAGAACGGACCGAUCGUGUCUCAGGCGGCGGCCGCGAUCGCGAGCGACGGUAUACGCGUGGCCACGUCUAACCAGCAACAGCAUCAACAGCAACAGCAUCAGCUGGUGGCGGGAUACGCGGACACCGGCGCCAGCAUCAAGUACACCGCAGCGGGCGUGAAAUACGACGCGGGCCGUCGCAGCACCACCUACACUACCCUCGAGACGGUCUCGAUACCGGCCUCGCAGACGGUCCACUACCCCCAAUACAUCUCCGGCAACGAAACGUUCCAGCAAGCUCCGAUGUACGCUUGCACCAAGUCCGGCGAGCAGGUGAUACUGGCCUAUCCGUCGGCCGCUCAACUGAGUUCUCGCGUUUCCGGGGUGGAAUCGGCCGGAAGCGCGUACGUGAAGAGCGACCCGACGCUCGCGUCUUCGCUAGCAGCAAGUCGCGGAGUGCCGCCUCUGCACUACGAUCAACCCGGCUCCGAGUACUGGUCGACCGCGGGGACUCCGUCGCCGCCGACGUUCGAGUGCGUGCAGAAUUACCAACCGGUGACUGCCAUCUCCGUCAGCGACGCCAACAUACAACUGUAUCAGGGCGGGUACAGCGUCUCGACCGGAGGCGCGCCAACUCCUUGGCCCAGCAUACCCUUGUCCGGACCGGACGAGAGCUUCGACGGUACCAUGGUGUCGACCGAUCCGAAAGAGUGUUCCGGCUGCGCGAACCUCACCACUAUCUGGAGGAGGGACGACGCGACCGGUCACUGCUACUGUCACACCUGCCUCUACAAUAAGAUGAACGGGACCAACAGGCCGUCCAUGAGACUGGGCAAACCGAAACAGGCGGUCGCGCCGACGGGAGUGCGAAGGACCGGAGUGCAGUGCGCCAACUGCAGGACCACCAACACGACCCUCUGGCGACGAAACAACAACGGCGAACCGGUCUGCAACGCCUGUGGCCUCUACUACAAGUUGCACAACGUAAACAGGCCGCUCAGCAUGAAGAAGGAGGGAAUACAGACGAGGAAACGAAAGCCGAAGAACCACUCGGGAAUUAGCGGGAACUUGGCCGGGCCUAGCGGCAUGCACAAGACCGAGCUCAAGUCCGGCCUACUCGGGGAGUCGUUGCAGUUGAAAGUGUACGGUAGCGGCGGUAAUGGGAACGGGGUUGCGAGCGGGGGCGGGUUAGGUGCCGUGGUCGAAGCCGGAGACGGCCUCGAGUUCGGGAUCGAGGAUCGGACAGGGCUCGCAGAGAACGGAAGCGGGUGCGCGGAAGGAAACGGAGAAGUCGAGGAGCAUUGCCCAGCCGUAGGUACACCGACAGCCACGCAAUUGGGCCACGCGCACUCGCCCCUAACUUUACCCACUGCCGCCAUCCUCAAUCGACAGACCAUUCUUACCGUGCCACCGCUAGAACCGAUCGCUAGUCAACCCGGCGGCGACCUGAUCUCUGUCAUCACGUCCACCACGGCCGUGCACGCCGAGCGAAAGUGAACUCCGGAACAGCGAGCGUCGUUACCGAGCGGGCGCCGCUUCGUCGUUCGAGUUGCCCGCUGCCCACCACCCGGGGAGCCGCUUUCCGAUCAAGCAGCGUCGGAAACGUCGGAAACCGUCGACCGACCAAACUUUAUCGACCAAAGACACUGUAUCCGCUCGGUUUCUAAUCGCGAGCGGACCAACGAUUCGUCGCUCUUCCGUCGGACGGAAGCGAGAAGAGGAAUCGACCGCGCUCAACUUUUAGUCGCAAUUUAGAGUAGUUACGUACGCGUUUCGGCUCGAUCGUAAAUCCCGUUCGUUCGACGCGAUCGUCGGUAAGGAUGCGCGAGGGAGGUACGCACGAAUUCUCUCUUAUCGACCGGGUUCGACUUUGUCGACGGUCGCGAGAGCAGCGACUCCGCCGGACGACUUCGCCAUCUACGCCCGGUACGAGGAAACUUAUCGACCGCGUUCUUCUUUUCCUUCUUUAGUCUCUGCGCCGACAACGUCCUUUACCCGUGUCCGUUCUCCCGUUCGAGUUUUCGAGUCCUCGUGGCCGAUCUCGCGCGUACCGUACCGAACUCGCGUCGAAUCGUUCGCGGCUUUCCUUCGCGUAUCGAAUAAUACAUACACGCAUAUACACAUAUUACAUAGGUAUUACAUAAGUAAACGCGAGCGUCGAGCCACGGUAGACCGCGAGUACUCGCGCAAACGGUCAGUAACGAGGCGAAAAAGCGUGCUCGUGUUCGAGUGGCGAAGCGCGAAAGUAUUUAUUUUUAGCCGUUGCGAGAAAAGCGCGCGCGCCAACCGGCGUUCGAUCGUCGCGUACGCGACGCAAACUUAUUUUGUAGAACUUUUUGUCGAAAAGGAAUAAAACGAGAAGAUCGAGC